GGUAUAUUUUUUGUCAAUAAAAUGUCAAAAUUAAUCAUUUGAAAUGGGCAACUAAGAUGUUAGAAAACAUGUUAAUCGUGCGUGCGUAACGCUCUGUAUGUAAACACAGUUGGUUGGCACAUAAAUAUUUAUUCUAGCCAUCAUUAAACCCGAAAAUUACUCAACUGGUAAUGUUCGUGACCUCCCACCUAUCAGUCUUCUAAAUUCGAAAAAAAAUCGCAUAACGCCCUCCAAUUAAAAAACUUCCUCGUCUGACUCUAUGGUAGCAUCUCCCUUUCUUGCACAACUGCCAUACCUAUCCUUUCUCCGCCCCACCGCGGCCAUUUAGCUAUAUAGUACCUGAUACCAUCCAAGAACAUCACACUACUUCACUAGUAUCCGAAGUGACCCAUCACUAAGCAUCAUGAAAGCCUUCGUAGCGUGCAUAGCCCUCGCGUUGGUGGCGGCCGUCAGUGCCGAGGCUCCCUUGUCUGGUGGCGGCUACAACUACAACCGCCCGUCCGGCGGCUCCGGCUUCGGUGGCGGAUUCAGCGGUGGCUUCAGCGGUGGUCUGAGCGGCGGUGGCGGCUACCACGCCGUCUCCUCUGGUUUCCAGACCUCCGAGGGCCAGAACGUUGACCAGCAACUCCUCGAGCAAGUGCGCCAAAUCCUCCUUAAGGAAGAGUCCUCCGCUUCCUCCGGCAGCAUCAGCGGUGGUUUCGGCGGUAGCGCUCCUUCCUCCUCUUACGGCGCUCCUUCAUCCUCAUACGGUGCCCCCUCAUCGUCCUACGGAGCCCCGUCCUCCGCCUACGGAGCGCCCGCUUCCGGUGGCCGCGUCGUUGGCAUCAACCUUGAGGGAGUCCGUCAGGCCAUCCAAGUCGCGCAAUUCGAGCAGUCCGGUGGCUCUUCCGGCGGAUACCCAUCUGGCCCAUCCUCCUCCUACGGAGCUCCCGCCCGCGCCCCCUCCGGCAGCUACGGUGCCCCCUACUAAGUCCCUAACAAGAUUCCGAACGCAUAACAUCGACUGGACCAUCCCGUGAUCGGAUUCUACCAACUAACAAGCGAAUAGCUAAUGAGUACUCAGUUACUUCUAGUCCAUGCGGUCCUCGAUAGCCACUGAGCGUUCGGAUAUUGUUUUAUUCGGGCGACUUCGUAAGAUCUCUGGAGCGGCCGAAUGUUUAAUCAAUUUGGUCGGCAGUCACGUACAAUGUAGGUGAUGCCGGCCCACCAGGCUCUUGUCUCACCAAAUCCAACACUUGCGACUAUGCACGCGAACGGGUUGCAACGUCCCAGCGGCCGGCCAGUCGUCAUUGGCCCGCGGCCGGUUAUACUGAGAGCCCCCUGCGGCUCUCAGCGACAGAUCCGUGGGUUAAAACGCGCGAAGUGGCCGGCCGUUGGACUCAACACUUGUAUAAAGUUUAUUAUAAGUAUAGAUUAAUAUUUUUAUAUUUUAAGAUUUAUUAUGUUUUUAUUUUUAUUUACAAAAAAUAAAUACAUUUCGACACCGUAUAA